AUUAUCUCUUUCUGAAGCUGCGGUCUUCAUUUUAGUUUCUAAGGGAUGGCCAAGAAGAUGAAUAAAAGAAGUGCUAAGAAGCCAACUGUUAAUAUAGAAUAUGCUUCGAAAUUUGUGACUAAGGUGAAGACUCGAUUUGGACGUGCUCAUCAGCAUCAUGUUUAUCCAUUGUUUCUGAGCAUCCUGAAUUCAUAUAGAGAAAACAAAAGGAGUCUUGAUGAUGUCAUUAGGGAUGUUAAUUUGCUUUUCGAAGGCCAUGAUGAUCUGAUUGACGACUUUACUAAUUUUCUUCCUUGAUUGGGCUGGUGUAUGCAUGAGUUUUUUUCAGGAAAAAAUAAAUAUUGCAAAUGUUAAAAUCUAGGGUUUGAAUGAGA